UAGUCACUCCAGCAUUUUUGUUUUCAAUAGUUAUUGAUAGAGAAAAGAAAACACAUCACAACACUCGUUGCGUUGCUCAGGAACUCCUAAACGAUAAAAAAAUAUCCGUUGACUCUGAAAUGAGGAUCGACCAUGCAACUUCUUUACUCUUAACUGAAACUUAUAACUUUACCG